GAGAGAGAGGACGAGGACAGGCAGAGAGCCAGAGCCAGCGUUAUAGAGAGGGAGAGCACAAACACUCAACAAGAUAAUAGGAGAUACGUGUGGGAACGACAACACACUGGAUAGAGACAGAGCAGGGUGUGUAAAAGGAAGUCCGAGCCUGUGGGUCUGUAUCUGUGUGUGUGUGUGUGGGUGUGUGUGUGUGUGUGUGUGUGAGCUUGUGUUUCCACGGUUUCCCUGAGGCCGUGGCAGCCAUGGCGUCAGAGCCCAGCACCCAGUCCAGGGUGAUGUUCCAGGCAGCGGACAAAACAGAGGAGCCGGCGCACCGCAAGCUGGGCAAGCUGACAGUCAAAUACAACCGCAAGGACCUGCAGAGGAGGCUGGAUAUCGAGGAGUGGAUCGACGGGCAGCUGCACCUGCUGUUUGACUGUGAGGAGGAAGAGAUUCCAGAGUUAGAGAUUGACAUCGACGAGCUCCUGGAGCUGACAGGCGAGGGACAGAGAACCCGUCUGCAGGAGCUGUUGCACGAAUGCGGAAAGCCAAAAGAGGAUUUUGUCAACGGGCUGCUCUACAGGAUAAAGGGUCUACGCAAAAUGUCAGGUCCCUUGAAGAAAUGAUUAUAGGUCAAAUAAAGAAAUGAGACAAUGUGGAGCCUCUUAUCUUCCCAUCUCCCAUGCAUUAAGUGUAACAUGUGAGUGGGACUCUUCCUGCCGUCUGCCCCCCCUUCUUGGGGCGGCAACAGUCUUAACACCAGAGCAGUCGGCUUUUGAAUGGAUUUUUUAAAUUAUUUCACUUUAAACCGACCGACUGCUGUAACAUUUUGUCUCCCAUAAACAUACCAAUAGCGCACAUGUGAUAAAAGUUGUACUCAGACGGACUGCUUUUUUUGUGUAAGACUGUACAUUUUCGGUUGCCCAUUUAUGUACAUAAAUAUUUUUGUUCUGAUAACAGCGUUGUACGUCAAAAUAAAAUGGAACAUUUUCAAGA